CGAUUUUGGGACAAAACGAAUUCCAUCAAUUUUUCGGCGUAUGAUGUGUAGCGCAUGCGCAACGCUUGCUCUUCCUUUUUGAUAGCUUCUUCACCAUGGCGCCUAUUAAGAAGCAGAAUGCCAGCAAAGGUGGUAAGAAGAAAAAGCAGGUCCUAAAAUUCACACUGGACUGCACGCACCCUGUCGAAGAUGGCAUCAUGGAUGCUGCCAACUUUGAACAGUUUCUGCAGGAGCGCAUUAAAGUGAACGGCAAGGCCGGGAACCUUGGUGGCGGUGUGGUCUCCAUUGAGAGAAGCAAGAGCAAGAUUACAGUGUCCUCUGAGGUGCCCUUCUCCAAAAGAUACCUGAAGUAUCUGACAAAGAAGUACCUGAAGAAGAACAAUCUCCGUGACUGGCUGCGUGUUGUUGCCAACACCAAGGAGAGCUAUGAGCUCCGCUACUUCCAGAUUAAUCAGGAUGAAGAGGAGGAAGAAGAUGAUGAUUAAAAUGGCAAUUAAUUGGAUUUUGUGUAUUUAAAUAAAUGUUGUUUACAAUACAGAGUUUUUGUUUAAGGUUCUUUUUCAUAAUGUGAUGACAGAUCUGGAGAAACAUUAUUCAUUCCAGUGUUACUGCACUGUAGAGCACUCACUGUAGGAUCUACAUAGGACCCAAUGAAUCAUGGAAACAAGAUUUAAAGAAAUUGCAAAUUAAGCAGCUCAGAUAGGCUGAAAUAAAACUGAGCGAUGUGA